GGCUUUGGGGUCUAGCUGCCGGGUGUCGCAGAGGGUCUUUUAGGCCAGCAGUGAAAACUGGGGUCUGGGGGUUAGUCUUAUGGCGGAGGUGAGGGUACGCUGGUGCGGGCCCCGCCGUCCUCGCUCUUGUACACCUUGCUUCCCAAUGCCGAAUACAAAUGGAGCGGGCGGCGUUGCGGAUGUGACGUCAUCGCGAGGCGUCGCGAGAGUCCGGAGGAAGCCUUGACCUCUCUAAGCGUACCGAGCUGCGCUGCAAUGCUGCAGCUGGUCCGGGCCGGCGUGCGGGGCUGGCUUCGGCCCACGGGCUGCCGGGGCUUGAACGCGCUGACAGAAGAGGCAGUGCAGCCAGUGGAAAAGCCAGAGCUGGUGGCGAGCUCGGAUCCCCAGACGCCCGUGCUGCGCAGGUGCGAGCUCCCGGUUCCCGCGCACCGGCGUCCGGUGCAGGCCUGGGUCGAGUCCCUGCAGGGCUACCAGCAGGAGCGCGUGGGUCUGACCGAGCUGCACCCGGACGUUUUCUCCACGACGCCGAGGUUGGAUUUCCUGCACCAGGUUGCCAUCUGGCAGAAGAACUUCAAGAGAAUUAGCUAUGCCAAGACCAAGACUAGGGCAGAAGUGCGGGGUGGUGGCCGGAAGCCCUGGGUACAGAAAGGCAGUGGGCGUUCCAGGCAUGGCAGCAUCCGCUCCCCAGUCUGGCGAGGAGGAGGCAUUGCCCACGGCCCCCGGGGCCCCACAAGCUACUACUACAUGCUGCCCAUGAAAGUGCGGGUGCAGGGCCUCAAGGUGGCACUGACCGUCAAGCUGGCCCAGGAUGACCUGCACAUAGUGGACUCCCUGGAGCUGCCGACCACAGACCCCCAGUACCUGAUGGAACUGGCCCACUACCGCCGCUGGGGGGACUCCGUGCUCCUUGUGGACUUAGAACACGAGGACAUGCCUCAGAACAUUGUGGCAGCCACCUCCAGACUCAAGACCUUCAACCUGAUCCCUGCUGUGGGCCUGAAUGUGCACAGCAUGCUGAAGCACCAGACCCUGGUCCUGACCCUGCCGACCGUCGCCUUCCUGGAGGAGAAGCUGCUCUGGCAUGACUCGCGCUACACACCCCUCUACCCCUUCCGCCUGCCCUACCGUGACUUCCCCUGAGCCCGGACCACGCACCCCCACGCCCCCGGCUGCCGGCCUUCCUGCUCACUCUCUGAGCCAGGCCGAGCCCCUGGCAGGCUUGGGAGCCUCCCGCGCAGCCUGCGAGGGCGACCGGCCCUGCCCAGACCCCCUCCAUCCUGGUAGGAAGCUGAGGCCACACAGAGUAGCCGAGCAGGAGUCACCACGGGAAAGGACAGCCAGCUCAAGAGCCUGUCCGAGCUCCCGCCCCAAGUCUCCCUUUUGUGUAAGAUAGAUUUUAUUUUUCAAAGAGGAGAAUCAACAUCCCGUUGCCGUUUUGUGAAUAAUUCCAUUUGGCAAGUUGGGCUCUUUCCCCAUUGCUGGGCACCACUAGGUACCUCACUCCUCAAGGGGCGUCGGCACUGUUUGUAGAAAUGACCCACCGUCAAGUUUCCCAGGUGAGCCAGUCUCCUGGGGCUCCCAGAGGAGCACCAGCCAUCGCUGGGAGCCCACUAGUGGCGCCUCCUGGUCUCCAGCACCCUCCCUGAGCGCUCGCACCACUGACGGGGCCUGUGGUCCCCAAACACUGCGGUGCUUCCGUCUGGGUAUGGGCCCGAUUCCACGAAUGGGUGUGAUGUGGAAGCUUGAGCUUUCGCCCCAGUGAUUUUCCCUACACGCGGGGUCAGGAUCCGUGUGGUCAGUAAGCAAGCAAACAAACAUUUUUUCAAAAACACCAAGCCAGUAUCCUCAUUCUUCAGCCUGCUGAUGUUAUUUGCCCCCUGACCCAAGUUGUUAUUUUUUUAACAGUUACAAAACAGACUAAAAAUGUGGUCUAUUUCUUUAAAGUUGGUCAAAAGUGCCAUCUCAUGUGCAGGCCACAAUGACCCAUCUCCCAGGCUGCCUCUUACUGAAAACAUGUCUGGAAUGCCUCUCUUGGGAAUGCCUUAAGAGCUCACAACAUAUUCUUUGAAAGUCCUCAAUGGACAUAAAUUUUGACCCUUAAUACGUCAGAUUUGACUUAAGUGAAAAAGGAAAAGCUAUCUGGAGCCAGCAGGAAGGGGGUGCAGAGGCCAGGAGGGAAAUGCUGCUGGGCUGAACCCUAACUGCCUCUCCCUGUGCCUCUCACCAGCCCUGUGGUGACACCGAGGCCCAGAGUAAGAGCCAGCUGUUGUCCUGACAGCACCCAGCCUAGUCUAGAGAGCCUUGCUGGCAUUCCCUGGCAUUUCUUGGCUUGUAGACCCAUUACCCUGAUCUCUGUCCUCAUCUUCAAAUGGCGUCUCUGUGAGUGUCUGUGCCCAAAUUUCCCCUUUUUGUAAGGGCACCAGUCAUGUUGGGUCAGGGCCCACCCUAAUGACCUCAUCUAAACUUGAUCAUGUGCAAAGUGUUUCUAAAUAAGAUCACCACCAUCCAGGGGUUAGCUUUGCUUCUUUUGAAGGGGGUUGGGGGGUGGGGGUGGGCAGGGAGGAGUAGUUGAACCCGUGGCAGGGUGUAAGGGGAAGGAUGGAACACGAUCAGUGGUGGGGACUGGAAGUUGGCACAUGUGACUUCAUCACAUGUCCUCUUUGCUAUUGGCUAUUUUGAAAUUCUAAUAAAAAAGCUUUUU